UUUCCUUCGGUUUUGGAGGAGGAGGACUCGGGAGGAGCACCAGAAACAUCCCAAACGCGGGAAAACGGCCCAAAAUACGAGCGGGGCAGCACGCAUCGUCAGCAGGUCUGAGCGACAAGGCGACAACUACGCAGUGCCUGGUCGUUGGGAAACUCCUAAUCACAACGAAUCGUUGGGAAACUCCCAGCGAAAACGGAAAGGCGCCCGCCGUGAGCGAGAGAGCGCGCCCUAAGCAGUCAGAGACAGGCCGCAUGCAUACAAGUGGAAACGAAAGAUGUGGCCCCGAGUGGUCCUCCUGCUGCUGCUACAGCCAGUCUUGAGGCAGCAGAGACCGUAAUGGGGGGGGAAGGGCGCACGGAAGCAGGGAGGGGCGCACGACGAGCGAGGACGAGACGCCGAGGACAAGGAUGAAGGGAGGGGGGAGCGAACGACGAGAGGGACGACGGAGGACACGCGAGCGGGGUUACCUGCGGGGCUGCUUGCGCAGCGGCUCUGCUCUCAACACGCAGUCUCUACGUACCCGGGCGACCGCCGUGCGGGUCACGAACUGAAGAGCUGGGCGCGCGUCGCCAUCGCGGCGCAGCUCUUCCCGAGAAGGUGCCCCCGGUAGCUGGGAGGCGCUGGGGACUUGCCAGAGGUCGGGAUCGAGCGCGCGGGGGGAGCCAGAGGGGCUAUGAGGGCCCACGGCGGCGACCUUACCUCAGUAGCGCAUGGAGCGAGUGGACAGGGACUUGAAGAGCGCCCGAGGGCGCGCCCUCGGGAUGGAAAUUCCAAGGCCGCGGCCCUUCCGAAGGCCCGUCUGGGUCCACGGGGAGGGAGCGCUUGCUGCCCUGCCUCAUCAAGUCGUUGAAAAUGGAUUCCGUCGCGUCUCCCAGCCAGCGGACCAUGGGCCUCUUGAGCUGCGAGUCCACGCAGGUGAAGCUGCCGAAGGUAUCUAAUAUCAUGCGCUGCACGUUCUCCUUGUCCUUCCGGACCGAUGCCUCGGCCCUCUCCGUGUUCACCUUGAAGAACGCGGCCUUGACGCGGCUGAUCCCCUCAUUGCCGUGCGCGAGCUGCCCCAUGAAGGUCUGGACCUCCGCCUUGGGCAUGAUGAUCUUCGGCUCGAUCGACAGCUUGAUGGCCAUAGCCUGCUCGAAGAUCGCCCAGAUGCGAGUAAGGUGCGUGGGCCCGUUCCAGACGUCGAAGAGCGCCAAGACGCGGCCGAUGCUCCUCGAGUUGUCCUUGAAGACGCUCGCCAGGUUGUCGCUGUCGGUCUUCGCCUUAUCCCUCUUCUUGCUCUGGUCCAGGAUCCGAUGCUGGUUGUUCACGAAGAAGCGCGCGCACAGGUACACGGUCUCCGCGCUCUCCUCCUCCGCGAGGCUGUCGCGCUCUAACUCCGCAGCGCGUCCUGGACCACGCUCAGGCGGUAGGCCCACGUCCGAGACAAGAAAUGCGUGCGCUUGCCCCAGUACCUCGCGGGCAAGACCGGGGAGUCCACGAAUGCGCAGCCGUCGUAGCCGCCCCGCGGGCACCGCUCCCGCCCCCCCGAUCGGGUCCGCGCCCGGGGAGAACACGUCCCGCAGCUGGUAGAACGCCGGGUCGUCCUCGCCGCUGCGCUGGCGGGCCGGGUCGGUGACCUCCUCCGAGAGCAGGUGCGCGACAGAGAUGCCCCACUGCUCGCGUUCGAGCCUCAGGUGCUCCUCGAUCUCCGAGGGUGACAGCCAGCUCGCGAUCAUGCUCCGACCCUUGCUUGCAGCACCUCUUGCACACAUCCCCCCAGCGCUCGUGCGCGAGGGCUCCUUCGAGCAGCUGCCUCGCGGCCUUCCUGGCCCCUGCAGCGGCGGCGGCGGAGCGGCACCACUCGUAGACGCACUUCUGCUGCGCCCAGGAUGGCUUUGGGAAAACCAUCCUUGUGCCGCCCUCAGGCGCGCCGACCACCAACACGCUCCCGUUCCUGUCUCGCGGGGCCUGGAGGACCAUCAUAUCCUGGCCCAGCUGGCCGUUUCGGUCGAACCUCACACCUCUCGGAUUGUAGAACUCGGUCAGGGACGACAGAUUCCGCAUAGCGCUGGCCACCAGGUCUGACUCGAGGGAGUCGGCCUGCUCGAUGGCUUCAGAGAGGGCGCAGAGCGCGCAUAACUGCGCGGCGGCGAAGUAGGACGGCCCCAGAUUCCACUGGUCAUGGAACAAGGUGUGAAACUCCUGGGGCGUCAAGUUGCUGAAAUUGCCGCGGAUAUCCGAGCCGCUUUUCCAAUGCCACGCGAUGGGCUCGAGCCACUGCGCGCCUUGCCACCGGCCCCUCCUGAGCUCUGCGAGGCAGCGCGGCGAGGAGACCAGCGCGAAGCCCAUCAGGGCGCGCGCCUCGUAGUCGAGCUCGGGCUCCGACAUGAGCAGGGUCGCCUCCACGAGGGUCUCCAGGCUGAGCUUGCAGAUGAAGAGAACAGUGACCGCCCGGUCCUUCAGCCGCCGCAGGGCGAGGCCGAGCUUUGCGCGCGAGGCCUCGUCCGUGACCCGCUCCCAGCGCGAGGCCGCGCCGAAGAGCUCCCCCGCGUCGCGCGCGGCCCCCGGGUCGCAGCCCUGCCCCAGCAUGCCGAGCCGCAGCUGCGAGACGCACCUGGUGGCCCCGCAGAGGUCGGCGGCGGCCCGCAGGAUGGCCCCGAGGCCGAAGACCUCCCAGGAGGGGGGCGCGAAGCCGAAUGGCCGCGGCAGGUUCUGCUCGUAGACGUAGGCGUAGCUGGGCCCUGCGCUGAGCACGAGCCCCCCGUCGGCGUCGGCCUGCCGGGCCGCGCCCUGCGUGAGGCCCGAGCUACGCGGCCCCAGGGCGAAGCGCGCGCCCCCCCCCCCCCCGGCGCGCAGGGCGCGGGCCGUCGCGUUCGUGACCUGCGCCCUCGAGCCGCGGUCGCCCACGAAGACCGCCUUCAUGGCCAGGCGCGCCCCCUGCGCCUGGAGCCCGCCCCGCUCGGCGCUGAGCCUGCGCGCGAAGGUCUGCGCGGCCUCCACAUCUCCAGGGAGAUCUCCGCGGGGACGCGGAUGCUGCUGUGCGGCACGCUGAGGGUGGACGGCCCGCCCACGACGACCUCGCCGUCGAACGCGUCCGCCUCCGCGCCGUACAAGGAGUGCUCCGUGCCCGCCGGCAGCUCGCGCGCCUCGCUGCUCUCCAGCACCUCCACCGCGUCCGGGCCCCCCUCCACCUCCCCAGGCCGCGCGAUGACUUUGGCGCAGGUGUCGUUGCAGAGCGACGCCGCGGCGGGCAGGGGCGCCAGCGCCAACGCCAGCUGGGCUCGACCAGGGGCGCGCGCUCCAGCGGCCACUGGGCAUCGGGCUCGCGCGGGGGCGGCGAGCCCCAGGUCAUGCGACCUAGCGGCUGGGCCGCCCCGCGGAUGGCAGCCCCGCGCCCCGAGCCAAAAUGGUCACGGAGGACGUCGGAGCCAGCAGAUGCUUCGCAGGGGUUGCGCGAGCAAGUAAAGG